AUGGAUGAGGAGUUCCCGGAUGGGGUUGUCUUCAAAGACCACAACUUCUCCUCUGACUUGUUGACACAGCUCAACGGCUUAAGGCAAAGCAAGAUCCUGACAGAUGUGAGCAUCUGCUCCGGGGCCUGGGAGGUCCCUUGCCACCGCAAUGUGCUGGCUUCCAGCAGCCCCUACUUCAAGGCCAUGUUCUGCAGCCACUUCCGGGAGAGCAGAGAGGCCAAAGUGCAGCUGAAAGGCAUCAGCUCCACGACCCUGGAGCAAGUCAUCACGUACGUGUACACAGGAGAGGUGCACAUCUCAGCGGCCAACGUCCUCCCGCUGAUGGAGGCAGCCGCCAUGCUGCAGUAUCCCAGGAUGUUUGAGGCCUGCUCCUCAUACCUGCAGAGCCAGCUGGCCCCCAGCAACUGCCUGGGCCUGGUCAGACUCGCGGAAAUCUUAAACUGUGAGAGCCUUAAGAAGAAAGCCAGGGAGGUGGCCCUGACUUACUUCCCUGAGGUAGCAGCAUCAGCUGACAUGAAGGAGCUCUGUGCCCUGGAGUUGAGAGACUACCUGGGAGAUGACAGGCUCUGCGGAGAGGAGGAGAAGGUGUUUGAGGCCCUCAUGGCUUGGGUCAAACACGACCUCAAGGCCCGGUGGAGGCACAUGCAGGAACUGCUGCAGCAGGUCCGCCUGCAGUACAUCCACCCCGCCUUCUUCUACCAUUUCAUCGCCAGCGACGCCCUCCUCCAGUCCUCACCCGCGUGCCAGGCCAUCCUGGAGAUGGCCAGGAAGCAGAUAUUCUCUUUGCACAGUCCCAGUGCCCAGGACUGCAAUUUCCUGUGGCACACGCCCCCCAGGAGCUCCUAUCAAGACUUCCUGCUCCUCCUGGGGGGACGGAAAGACAAUCAGCAGACCACCAGGGAUGUCUUGCUCUACAGUAUGCCGAGUGGCCAGUGGCAGAGCCUCGCCAAACUCCCCACGCGUUUGUACAAGGCCUCAGCCGUCACCUUGCACCGCAGUGUCUACGUGCUGGGGGGCAUGGCUGUCGGUGAGGGCAAGAGUCUCGUCAGCUGCAGCGUAUAUAUCUUCUCCCUGAAACUCAACCAGUGGAGGCUGGGGAAGCCCAUGCUGGCAGCCCGCUACUCGCACAGAAGCGCUGCCCACAAGAACUUCAUCUUCUCCAUUGGGGGCACUGGAGAAGGGCAGGAGCUGCUGGGCUCCGUGGAGAGGUACGACAGCAUCUGUGAGGUCUGGGAGAGCAUGGCUAGCAUGCCUGUAGCUGUGCUCCACCCUGCUGUGGCAGUGAAGGACCAAAGGCUCUAUCUUUUUGGGGGUGAGGACAUCAUGCAGAACCCCGUGCGCCUUAUCCAGGUUUACCACAUUUCCAGAAAUACGUGGUACAAAAUGGAGACGAGAAUGAUCAAGAAUGUGUGUGCCCCCGCAGUGGUGCUGGGGGAAAGGAUUGUCAUUGUGGGAGGUUACACAAGGAGGGUUCUCGCUUAUGAUCCUCAGUCCAACAAGUUUGUCAAAUGUGCGGACAUGAGAGACCGAAGGAUGCACCACGGGGCCACGGUGAUGGGCAACAAGCUGUAUGUCACAGGCGGACGGCGGCUGACCACGGACUGCAACAUCGAGGACUCGGCCUCCUUUGACUGCUACGACCCCGAGACGGACGCCUGGACGUCCCAGGGGGAGCUACCUCACAAACUCUUUGACCACGCCUGCCUGACUCUCCAGUGCAUACCCCACAGAGCCAGCCUCUCAUGAGAGCCAUAGGAAACCAUCUCAGUCAAAAUGCCGUGCGGUGUGAGAGACUGGAACCCGGCCCCAAAGUCCCGGAGCUCAGGGACUCUCUGCACAGGAGU